CUGUUACCAUGGAGACUCUGCUUGCUGAGACGCCCUCCCAGCUCUGAGCCGGGAAGCGGCAAGCGGGCGCCGCGCUGAGCCCUGGGGUUAGCGCGCAGCGGCUGGGGGUUGUUGUGAGCCCCGGGGCCUGGUCCCCCGCCCGGGGACGAGGGGCUGCUGGGAGGCCGAGGGUCAGAGUCCUCAGUGGGCCCCUGGGCGGGCGGGUCCGCCAUGCCCGGGUUCGAUGGCGCCAGGCCCCGCGCUGGCUCCUCCUGGGAUCUCUAUGCCUUGGAGGAGACGGAGGAAGUGACCCAGACGCUGCACCAAGUCUACCAGGGCAUCCUGGCCCCGCUCUCCCUCUUCCAGCCUCCUUCAAAGGGGCCCCCAGGAGCCUCACAGCCCACCCUAGCCCCGGCCGCACCCAGCCACCAGCUCCAUGGUACACAGGAGACUAGUUCUGCCGAGCCUCCUGGCACCCCGGAGACCAGCCACACGCUACCAUCUGGCUCCCCAAAGACUCCAGUGCCUGCAUUCUCUAUCCCCAUUUCCCUAGCUGCUCUGACCCAGUUGAUCGAAGGGCGCCUUUCUUUGGGUAGUGAUUCGUUGCCCAUUUCCAGCCAGGCAGGACAGGUCUUCAAGGAGAUCAUCCUGGCAGAAGUAAAAUUCGCCUGGGAGGAUGCCAGUCACUCACUCUCCAACCCAGCCCUCAGCAGCUGGCAGAACAAGGACCUAUACCAGCAUCUGGUGUCAUACAUCACACUUGUCUCUGAACACCUCUUCUUCCACUAUCUCUGCCUGAUGGAGCUCCACCGGGACAUGGCUGUCUUCACUGACUAUGCUAACCUCACCCGCUUCGCAGCCCAGCUCUCUCUGGACUGCUCCAGUCUCCUCAACAUGGCUGCCGUCCAGCACCAUCUCAUUGCAGAGCUGAAGACCCCACAGAACCACUUCUUUCUUGACAGCAAGACAGCUCGGCCAGGGCGAAAAUGGCCACCGCAGAGAGGCCGGCACUCAGCCAGAAGCACUGUGGGCUGCCGCCUCGGCCUCACCAUCACUCACUUUAUCAAACUGACCAGGCCCCACAUCAAGACAUGCAGGCAGAAAAUAGCAAAGGAUAUCAAAGAACUUGAGGAGAUACCCCCACUGGACUUAAGCAGAGUCUAUCACUUGAUCCCUAAUGUAGAGACUUUUGGCAGCUGCUUUAGCAACCUGCCAUGUCUAGCAGUGAGAACCCCCUGCUCCUGUACCCCUGCUUCAGAAGAUCGGGAAGACACAAAGUGGGUCAGGCAUGAGGCUGGCUCCAUUUCCAAGAAAAGUCAUUCAUUGCCCAAUAUGAGAGCCGGGCAACUCCUCUCAGAUGAACUUGGGAUCCAUCUUCCCCCUCGCCCCCUCACACCGAUAAUGCCCAGUCACUACGCUGAGUCAGCAACAGAUGGCAAUCUCCAAGAGUCCACAGCCAUAGCUGAGGACCUCCGCAAGCUAAUUCAAGGCUCCCUCCUCAGAAGUGGUUGCAGAAGAGACGACAGUGAGGACGCAGAGCUGCCUCCCCUCAUUGGAGCACUGACACGACGCAGAGCCAAUGUAACCAAACUCCAGCAGCUUCAGGAGACACUUAGAUGCCUCCAAGAAGAGGAGACGGCUGAGCAACAGCUGAGAGAUAUGGUAGUUUUUGCACCACCCACUCACCCUCAAGCUGCCACGGUGAAUCUUCAAAUACACCAUGGCAUGGUAGCAAAGGCGGCUGACCUACAAGUGUCCGACAGAGUACUUGUUGAUUCUGUGGCUAUUCAGAGAUACCCCCCCUUGUAUAAUGAUUUUCUGGGAGAGAUUGAUGCUGCUACAGUGAGUUAUCUGGAUGCAAACCUUUCAGCUGGCGAAAAGAUCCGGGAAAUUUACAAGGAACUGAUAAAAAUCAUCCCCACAGAGUAUCUGAAAUUUGACCAAGGGCCCUUGAUAGAGCCUGCAGCUGUGAACGUGGAUUUAUCCAACAGCCUGGCGUCCUCCAUUCUGACCAAAAGGAAAAAUGAGCAGGUGAUCAAUACAGAAUUGAAUAAGCUGCUGCCUGCUGGACCAUUCAGCACCCAGAAAGUGACUACACCAGUACAAUCAAGUUUGCCCCUCAUGAUUGCCCAUCAACAAAAAACCACUUGGUAUCAGUGGUGGAAAUCCGCCCUUAACGUUGAUGAGUACCUGAAAUAUGUCUCCAGCAAGGAGUCUGAUUACCUGCAUGUGAUAUUUCAUUUGUACAAUGAGGAGGAGCAGCCACUUUUCAUAGAUGAAGCCCAAAAGAAACAGCUGGAGGAAGCACAGAGGGAGGUAAAACAGAAAGUGGCAGAGGUCCGCUCAAAGAGAGAGAAGUACAUGCCUGGGAUGUGGAACACAAACACCAUCAUGCUUGGUGGGCUUGGGACUUUUGAGGACCAGGACCAUAAGCCUGAAGAUCUCAGACUUCUGCAGAAGCGACUGGAGAGACUCUGGGCAGUUCUUCAUUUCCCUGGUAGGGAGAGGCUUGAUAUGGCGAUUAAGUACAGCUCCAACCAAUUUUUCACUCAGCUCCCAGCUGUGCUCGAAGUCUGGGAGAAAGCUGCAAAGAGUAUCCAGGAACGGGAGCUCUUGCUGGUAGAGCUGGAGAAGUUUGAGCAAGCUGCCUCUGACCCAAACCGCUUCUUUGAAAGGAGCCUUGAGUCUUUCCCCACACGCACAUGGGAGUCGAGGACCAGAGGCCGUCUAUAUGCAGCAAUCGCCAAGUACGACACGGACCUCUACAUCAUUCUGCAUCAGAUCAAGGAGAGAUUCCAUGACACUGUAACUUUCAAGGGCCGCCCAUACUUGGAGAAGAUGCAGUGGGACAAAGUGGAGAUGCUGUACUGGCUGCAGCAGGAACGCCGUGCUGGUGCCCUGGCAAAAGAAACGGGGAGAGAGGCGAGGCUUUGGAAGCUACCUCCACUGGCUCCGGUAGGCAGCAGUGCAGGAUUCUCUCCCCCAUCCCAGUAAUAUGGAAAGGAAAACAGAUCAGCUGGGCCAAUGACUCAAUGGGGACAGUUCUCUGAUCUUGCCAGGCCAAAGUAAGGAUCUUCUGUACAGUCACCCUGUGAUGGAGAAUCAUCAGAAGAGGGUAAGGGAAGUGCCAAACAAGAGCAAUAAAUACAUUACAAUACCAGA